AUGUGAUAACUAUUUCAAUAUAAUUAGUUUCCUUCAUAAUCCUAUGUGUAUUAUUUUAUGAAUUUAAAAACCUGAGAGGGAUCCAUAGGCUGCAUCAGACUGCCCAAAGGGCCCAAUAAUAUAGAGUUAAGAAUUCCUGGGCAAUAGAAAUGCUAGUUGUUGUUAUUAUUAUCAUCUGUCAAAUGAGGGGGUUGGCCUAGACAGCCUCUGAGGUCCCUUUAACUCUGAUCUUGUGAUCUGUUUUCACCCCUUCAUUUGACAGAAGGCAAACUAAAACUCAGAAAGGGGAAGUUUCGUGCCUCAGGUACCACAGCCAAUGAGUGACAGGGCCCAGCCUUGAGCCAGGAUCUCCAGGGCCACUGGCCUCUCCAACACACCCUGAUGCCUCCAGGACUCUAAGAAUAUUCUCAACAUAUUUGUUACAGCUGGAGAGAGACCUAAGAGAUCUUCUGGUGAGAAGGAAAGGGGCUCCUAAGAAGAGCCAGAGUUCCCAAAGUGUCACAGCUGUUAGAUUGUAAAGCUGGGUUGCUUACUUGGGUGGACAGGUGGGGCUUUUUCUUCCUUGCUUGCCACCUGCCAGCUGGUGUGCCCUGAUUCCCAGCUUCCUCUCCUCUAUUCUCAGGUCAGCCGGCCCAGCCCCAGGGUAUCCUGAGGAUGAAGUGGCAGAGACUGUGCUGGUCCCUCACCUGCUUCCUCACUGUGAGUUGGGAUGGGUGAAGCUGCGGCCCAAGAAGGGAAUGUUGCCUGAUUCUAGUGGGCCUUGUGGUCGGGCCGGGAUGGGAGGGAGGAUCAUGGGGGAUUGGGCCCUGGCCCAGAUCACUUAGCCUUGCUCAGAUCCCUGAAUCUGUCCCCAGUAGUAGCUUCUACUCUGAAGUUUUCUGCAUCCCUCCUACCCACACUGUACCCAAAAGAGUAAAUAUUUUGAGAGAUCACAAAUAGAUGACAUUCUCCUGGAUAUGGGUGAUGGAUGCCCAGACUAUGGGAACCUAUUGCUUAUUUCACCUUUCAUCUGACCUAAAGCCAGCUCCAAGGAUAAGGCAGGGACAUGAAUGAGAUGAUACAGAUAGCCUUCUUAGGGUUUCUCUCCCUGUUGGAUCAGGGUUCCUGUGGACGGGGCUAGUAAGAAAGAGGAAGAGGUAUAGCAGGGUAGUCAGCCCUGAGAGGGUGAGAAGUGAGUAAAGUGAGCCUGGUCCUGAGGUAAGAAAGAUCAGUGCUGAGAAUCAUUGCCUAUUUUUUCAUCUGGCACUGGGAUCACCAUAUAGGAGAACGAAUUAGGAGAAGAAACACGGGAUGAAGAGAGAGGAAGGAGGAAGAAACGAAGGAAAAAAGGAUGAGAUAAAAGUCUGGAUUAGAACAUUGAACUGUCAAGACUGGAAUUUUAGAAAUAGCUUUUAGGACCUUACUGUAAUGCUAUCUGCUAAUGAAUAGAGACUAAUAUUUCUAUUUUAUGAUAGAGAAAAUUUAAGUCCAGGGAAAAGAAAGAGAUUGAAUGAGAACUCAGGUCUUCUAAUUCCCAGCCUAAGGCAUUUUUCCUCAUAUGGAAAAGAGAGUGGAGAGGGAGGGAGACAGGAGGGAGAGAGAGACAGAGAGACAAAGAGAAGAAACAGAAAAAAAUGAGGAGGAGAGAAAGAAAAAAAGAAGAGAAAGAGGACACAGAAAAAGAAAAAGAGAAGGAAGAGAGGAGAGAGACAUGGAAAAAGAAAAAAGAGAACAGAGUGAUAGGAGAGGGACACAGGGAAAAAAAGAGAGAUGGAAAGAGAAGGGAGAAAGAGAAAUACUGAAAGAAAGAGAUGAGAAAAAGAGAAAGAAGAGAGGAGAAAGAUGUGGAAAAAAGAAAGAUGGAAAGAGAAGGAGAAGGAGAGAGAGACUGUUUUUCUCUCACCUAUCCUCACAAUAUGAACUUAUAAAGAGCCUUCCAAAAAGGUGGCCCCCAUAAAACAAUGGGAUAGGCAGGUAUUGGCCAGCCUACUAAUGGUGCUCAGUUUGACCUUCUUUUAUUGAAGCUGAGUAUGGGCAGUGGAGAAGUGGACAAUGUUGGGAACUAUAUUUUCCUGGGAUUUUCUUCAGACCUUCUGACUGGGAGGAGGAUCCUGUAAAAUUGGGGUGUUAUCCCAGGGCCCAGAGAAAUUGAGUGGGAUCUCUCUCUUGGAUUUUCUUUCUGAGCACUUGGUAUCCUGUAUAGGUGAGGAAAGUUCUAGAGUUCUGUCUGAAGAGAUGGAAGCCUCAGUGAGCCAAGGAACGCAGAAGUCCAGGGUCUGAAUUCCAGUUCCUCCAUCUCUUCCCCUAUAGAGUCAUAGACUUGACUAUGCUAAUAGGCCCCUUAGACCAUACUGCUGAACUAAAAAGGAGCCUCAGAAUAUAGAAUGCCAAAUUUACGCACGGUCACGUGGACAGAAAGUUUUGUUUUUUUAAACAUUUUAUUAAAUAUCUUUGUUUUAAGGGCGGGGGGGGGGGGGAACAGGAUGUCAGAGCUGGGAACAUUGUUAGAACAUGGAACAUCAGAACCGGGCAGGGUCUUAUGAGAGAAUGAGCUGGAAGAGGGGAUCGCUAAGUCUUAGUUGAACCUUCUUAUUUUACGAAUUAGGAAACUGAGACCCAAAGAGAGGGACAGACUUGCCCAAUUUAAGCUAAUAGGUCGGUGGCAGAGCUGGAACUUAAAGCCUGGGUUCCUACCCAUCAUCUAGUAUUCUAUUUUCUGCACUAUGGCAUCAGUCCUCACCCACUCCCCUUCCAUCUUGGCACAGAGGAUUCUGGGGGGAGGUCAGAGGAGAGGAUGGCAGCAACGCCCGCUGGGCGCAGGCUUGGAAUUGGAUCGCUGCCUGCUCCCUUCUCAGUGUCUGCUGGUGCCAGCCUCUCCUUCACCCCUUCUCUCUCAGCUCCUCAGCGGGCAUUCGUCCUCCCUGUCCUGCCAGGACUCUGAGUACCAGACAGAGGCGGGCGACUGUGCUGUGUGCCCCGAGUGCCCACCGGGAGAGGAGCCCAAUCAGGAAUGUGGUUCGGGACUGGGACUGGGUACCGUGUGCCGUGCCUGCAGGCCAGGCACCUUUUCGACCAGCCUGGGACGAAAGCCCUGCCUGCCUCACACUGGCUGUGCCCGGCUGAGGAGGGUCGAGGCCCAGGUGGGGACCACGACCAUCGAUACACGCUGCGGCGGCUGCAUUUCAGGGUUUUAUGAACCCAGAAGGCAACCAGACACUGAGUGCAGGCCUUGUUCUUUGGCACCCAUGGGCACACCUGACUGUGGAGAGCAAGGCCUAGGACGUGGGGGCCGGCAGCGCCGUACCGUGGAGGCCGGGAUGGGGCCGGAGGUCCGCCCGUCAGAGAACGGCACCCAGGCAGAGGUGCCCGAGGAAGCCGCGGCUCAGUAUGCCGUCAUCGCUAUUGUUCCCAUCUUCUGCCUGAUGGGUCUGCUGGGGAUUCUGCUCUGUAACCUUCUCAAGAAGAAAGGCUACCACUGUACAGCCCAUAAGGACAGUGGUGAAGAAGCUGGACUCGAGGGCAAGAAUGGGACCAACCCUGCCUACCGAAUGGAUGACCCCAACGAGGACACCAUCGGGGUCUUAGUGCGGCUGAUCACAGAGAAGAAAGAGAAUGCGGCCGCCCUGGAGGAGCUGCUGAAAGAAUACCACAGCAAACAGCUUGUGCAGACCAGUUACAAACCUUUGCCCAAGCUGACUCAAGGCCCCCCACCCGUACCUCACAUCUGCCAGCACCAGCACCACCUGCACACAGUGCAGGGACUGGCCUCCCGCUCCGGGUCCUGCUGCUCCCGAUGCAGCCAGAGAAAGUGGCCCGAGGUCCUGCUGUCCCCCGAGGCUGCCGCAGCCGCAGCUCCCACUCCCAGCGCGCUGCCAUCCCGAGGUGGCGGCAGCAAGCCCACUCCCAAGGGAAGCCGCCCGGGAGAGAUCACCAUUCUCUCUGUGGGCAGGUUCCGUGUGGCCCGAAUCCCUGAGCAGCGGCCAAGCCCUCCCCCUCCAGAGGUGAAAACCAUCUCAGAGACCAGUGAGGAGGGGGAGGCGGCUGAAGCUCCUCCCCCCGGGCUCCCUCCUGAGAACAGGGCGCUUCUGGGCAGUAGUGGAGGGCGUCCCAAAUGGCUGAAAACUCCAGCCUCUGGGGCGACAGAGAGCAAAUCAGAGGAAAAUCGCUACGUGGUCAGGCUGAGUGAAUCCAACUUGGUCAUCUGAAGGUGCCCUUAUGAUCCGCUCAGGCCCAGAGCCCUGAGACAUUGGAGCCUGGCAGUUGGCAGCAACCUGAGGCCCUGAGGGGCCGUCCCCCAGGCCCCCGCACCCUGGGCAGCCCCAGUGAGCUCUGGGAAGUGGGCAGUGGCAGGGGAGAGAGCUCACUUCAGCCUGAGCUACCACAGGCAGCUUAUUUUAAAGGAAAAGAUGAUCUUGUCCAGGGAAGAGAGGGAGGGAGGUGCCCAUACUUGAUGAGGAAUGGGCUGCCCUGUUUCCUUGCCCUGUUUCCCCCCACCUCCAAUUUCUUCUCCAUGCUAGCAGCAAGCCCCUUCCCUGGUCAUCUGGUCUUUCCCUUGCUCUGAACAGGACACCCUACCCAGCUUCUUGGGUCCCCAAAGAUGGCAUAAUCCCAAGUGGGAAUUUCUUCCCCAGUGCUUGAGAGAUGGGACAUCUUCACCCAAGUAAAGGUCCCUUCCCUGGGGAGCCAUAGAUAGGACACAGCCAUCCAUCUAUUCAUCCUCAUGCAGGGGUUCCCAGGAACAGCGAAGGGCUCGGACUCUUCAUCAUCUCCCGCCUUCAUCUUUCUCCCCACCGGUCCCCGGGCAAGGGAAGUGGCAGGGAACACACAGGGGGAAACAUGGAUGGUGGGGAUCCACUCUCUCGGGAUGUCAGAGCUAGGGUCAUCAAAUCCAAUCAUUGGGUAAGUGAGAAGAAGCCUUCCAAAGAUCACAGUGAGUUUGGCAGAGUAAGGACCAGAAUUUGGCUCUCCUGACUCCUGGGGCAAAUGCCCUUUCCAUGCCCUACAGUUACUGGGAAAGAGAUGCUCCCAUACACACCACCUCUCUCCCCACUAUUCCCCACUCUCCUGCACCUGGUCCCUAUCUCCAAGAUGGGGUUUAUCCAUGGGAGGAAAUUUUGGCGGGAUUUAGCUGAGACACCUGAAGGAAAGGGACUUAGCGCUUGGGCUCAAAUCCCAAGCUUUGUGCCUCAGUUUCCUCACCUGUAAAAUGAGAGAGCUGAAUGAGACGACUUCUAAGGUUUCUUUCAGUUCCAGAUGGUUCUGUGACCAUCCCUGGCCACGGGCUUUAGGCAGAAGUCUAAUUUUUAGUCCCUGAGGUUGCUGGGAGGGGAGGCAGCCAUGGAGCAAGAAAAAGAAGUCGAGUUCUGGAUCCAGCUCUGUCUCCCUUAACUUACGCUGGCCUGUUUGCUCCUGUAAAAUGAAGGGCUGGUCUUGGUGGCUUUUAAAAAGUCCCAUCCAGCUUGGACAUUCUGAACCUAAUUUGCUACAUGACAUUUUACCUCUGAGCUCCUGUUUACCAGCCCCUGUUCUGCUCACUGAGCCACAAUCUCCCACCCAUAUCUAGAGAGGAAAAAGUAUGACUUGGGGUGAUGCUUGAGAAGUUUCCCCUGCAUUUCCCUGGGAAGAGGACCCCCACAUUGUUCUCACAGUGCCCCUCCUCCCCAGUGGAGCAGGCUUGUUUCUCUGUGCUUGGGGGCAGGGACAAUAUGGGGUAUAUAUGUUAUCUCUCAAGUCCUUCCUCUUCCUCUCCCUGGAGCUGGAUCAAUUGCUUUCUUAGAUUUCCCAGCUAGCUGCUCUUGCCUGUAGCCCCCACAACCAAAGCCAGGGCCUUGCUUCUGCACGAGGAAGGGGGGUGCCUUAAUGCAUGUCAAGCAGCCCCCUCCACCCUGCCCCCCAGGGGUGAAUGGCUGUUUUUAAAUUUAAAAAUCAAACUUGUUCUGUGUCGUCAACUGUAGUUUGGGGGGCCUCUUGUCUUACCAUGUCCCAUUUCUUCUUCUCCCUAAAAAAGUGCUUUAGAAUCCCCAUGGCUCAAAGUUCCGAGCAGUGCGGUAGGAAGGGAAGAUGCGGGCUCUAGGUGCUGACCACUCCAGUUAGGACCCCUCGGGCUACAGCUGGCCAACUCUCCCCGGGCCCCCAACUUGCUUUUCUCUAUCAUCCCCCCCACUCUGUCCAGUUUGCUCCAUUGUGUUCUGUGUUUGCUCCCGGGAGAGAAGUAUGGGUGAUUCAGGUAGCGUCUGGAGCCCGUCCAUCCUGUCUAUUUAUGUGGGUGCUGUGCAGGCCACAGUCUCCGCUGUCACCUCCCCUCCCCUGGUGGGGGGUUGGGCCCUGAAGUUUGGUAACUCUUAUUUAUUGAAUUUAAGUCUUAUGCCCUGUCUCCUGUCUACUCCUUUUAUGCAUUCUCAUCCCAUUUCUUUAAGUUGGAUAAUAAAAAUAUUAGAAAGUGA